AUGGAAUUCAACUCAACAGGCAUCGUUGUUUAACCUCAUCCCAGUAUAAAAAAAGAAAUUUGGAAUCAAUUCGUUUGCGAAUACCCUCGAUGUUCAAAUCAAUACAAAUUACCUGAAAAUCCGAAGGACAGAUACAGAUUCCUAUCAGCUUUGAUGAUAGCCAACAUUUUUGACACUCUGACCAGUUGGCAAUAACUAAAAAAACUCUAUGAUGUCUACGAGUUCUUGGGAAGGAUUGCAAAUGAAAAGGAAUAUCCACCAUUAAUGUAAAAACACAUUUUAAAUUUGAUGAAAUCAUUUAAUACUCUGAUCAACAAUUUACAACCCUUUGAUUCUCGCAAAAUUGAUAGCAACCAUCAACACUAUCAAAAGAUAUAAAUAGUUUAAGAGUACCUCCAGAAACAAAGAAAAUACAUAUACUCCUUGUUGGAAAGUGAAUAGGGAAUCAGCACUCUCUUCAAGUUAUCAAGAGGAAUAGCUCUGAGUCUGUAUCUUAAACCCGAUUAUGAAAAAAUUACUCCAGUUUCUAGAUUCAUUACCUCACCAAGCAGGGAAGAGAUAAUCAAGAAAUUGAGUAGUGAAGAUUUAGAAAUUAAUUCAAAGAAUCAUUUUAUUUUGGAAGAUUAUGAAAUCGUAGCCAUUUCUCAUCUGCUUAGUUGUCCAAUCCACUUUUUUAUUAACUUUUUUGAACCAAAAUGCAAUUAUCUCAUCAAAAGAAGAAUCCAUCAAUAAUAAAGCGAAGAAAAGACUAUUGCCUUCUUCUUAGAAAUACAAUAAACUAAUUUCACUGUCAGAAUUCUAUCCUCCACUCCAGAUAUCAUACACAUACAGAAUAUCAUUAACUAAAGAAAAUUUAUAUAUCAAUCUAAUCAACCAAAAGCCAUUGUAGAAUAUUUGUAAUAAAUCAUUGAAAGUAUAUUAAAUCAAGCCACGCAUGAUUUUUCUAAUCUCAAUAAAUUUUGGAUUGUUAAGAUGCUAUAGAUCAUUAAACAAGGAGAAGCCUAAACACUCAUAGCCAAUAGAUAGGCUAUUAAGAUAAGUGAAUUAUUUGCAAGGGAAAGCUAUAAUUUGUUUUAGCUCUUGAGCUUAGAUCCAAAGAUGCAUUCAGAGUUUGUCUUAAAUUCUGAGUAGAAUCUGAACUAAACUGAAGAACUCAUAGAAAACAUCAUUAUCUCUUAAAUUACCAUGAUCAGAGAUUAAAUCACAGAAAUAGCUAAUAGUUCGAAGAGACCGCCAUCUAUCUCUCAAAAUCAAAUAGUCUCAGGUGAUAAAGUCUCAGUGCCUAGAUAUUUAGUUAAUAAUUCAUUGUUUCAAUCGCAUACUAAUUAGACUCCCAAUUACUUUUAAUAAUAAAAAAAGUUAAAUUUAGCAGGCAGAUUGAUAGCAAAGGAUUUGGACAAUGACUUACCUGAAAAUUCUGAUUCCAGUGAAAGAGAUCGCAAUCACCAUUUUUAAGCUAAUUCCAUACAAAAUAUACCAGUCACAUGCAAAGAGUAUGAUACUGAAGAUGAAGUUGAAUUUAAGAGAGCAGAUGAUCAAUAAUCAGCAGAAAAACAAAUUUAAAGGAUGGAAUAAUAUCCAUCUGAGGAAUAUCCCUUGGUUAGACCACCUAAAUAUUCAUCGUAAAUCAAAAAUGAUGUGGUUUCAUAAAAAGUCUCUUAAAAUUCAUACAAAUAAGUUUAAUCCGAAAGGAAAAGACAAAAAAGUGUAGAAAAUACAGAUUUUGAAGCUAGUUUAAAUUUAUAAAAUGAUUAUCUUGUUUCUAGUUAGAAUAGAGCAUCUAUAAUCAGAGCUCAAUCGGAUUUGAAUGCAUUGAAACUGUCAGUGAAACAAAGAGAUAGUCUAGACUUUGAGCCUAAGAAGUAGAUUAUCAAUUAAGUGAAUAAAAUGAGCAGUUCUUAGGUCUUGAGAUCAAGUGUCAGGUAUGAGUAACAACAGAUAGGCAAUGAAUUAUAUUAAAGUCAUAUUUCUGAAGCUAUGAAUGAAUCUAAAAGUGAAAUCAGUAUGAUAUAGAAAUGGUUUUGUCCAAUUUGCUUCACGGAAAUCUAUCACCCUGAUCAAAUCAGAAAUCUCCAUGAUGAUCAUAAGGUUUGCAAGUCUUGUUUGGAAGAUUGGAUCAAAGUAAAAUUUAAUUCAGGACAAUGGAACUUUAAAUUUUUUAAAUGUCCAAUUCAACUUAUUGAAGGGGAAACUAUGAAGCCCUGUGAACACAUUAUUGAAUAAUAGGAAAUCAAGAAUGCGCUAUCUUCUGACGAGUUUAGUAAAUUAACUGAGAGAGCUAUGAAACAUGGUAUCAUUGACAUUAUAUGUCCAAAUCUAUCUUGUUAAGCAAGUAUUAAGGGUAUGCCUCCUUAAAAUUAAAAUGGGUUCUUAUGUCCUAAAUGUUCUCAUAAGAUUUGUUGGGUGUGCAAAAAUUCAGAUCAUGGUAAUUCAAAAUGUCCACAAAGACUAGACGAGAUAAAAGUAGCCUUACAAGAUGAGAGAGUUAGUUGUUGUCCUGGAUGCUUGGAAAUCUAUAUGAAAAAUGAUGGAUGUGAACAUGUUUCAUGUACCAACUGUUUGAUAGAAUUUUGUUUUGCUUGCAGUGCUCAGAGACCCCCUAUUAUAGCACAUGGGGCUCAUUUUCAUAGGGUUGGUUGCUAAUACAGAAUGCCUUGGUGGAAGGAUCAAUAAAAGAAAAUAGAGAAUUUGGAUGAUGAAUAUUUACCUGAUGAAUGUGAAUAUUGUAAACGAAAUUAAAAACCUUGUCCUCGUCCUAUGACUUUGGCUGAUUUUAAGAAUUUAGCUCAUUUAAACUUUUGA